UUCUUCAUUGUGUAUAGGCUUACAUCAUUUAACAGUGGCACGCAACUUAGUUGAUGAUGAUUCAGCUCCGGCAAGGUCCCUUUUUUCGAUCCGGACUUUCAAAGCGUGUUUUCUGUGUUCUCUCUCUCUCUUUUUUUGGGUACCUGUGUCUCUCUCUCUCUCUCUCUCUCUCUCUUUCUUUUCUUCAAUAUGAGUGACGGUAUGUUUUCUAGAAACGCAGCUUUGAAUGCAGGAGCCAUUCCUGCAUCGGCAGAAGAGUUAUCUCAAAAAUAUCUUGGAUUAUUUCAAGACUACUCUCGUUUGAAAGCAAAAUAUGCAGUAUUGAAAAAGGCUGUCAUCAAGGAACGAGCUUCCAAUGUUGCACUUCAAGGCAAUGUCAAAGAAAAGGAAAAAGAGAUGCGAAAGUUGCAAGAACAAUUAGAUCUGUUGGCUUUUCACAAUGAGCGAUUAACCAAGCGUAUUCAAGCUGUACAAGAUAGUGACCAGAAAGGAACACAUUUUUCAAUACUCGGAGGUUCAGUUAAGAAGGAGCUGGAAAAGAAUGCUCAGGCAUUGGAAGAAGCCAAUUUGGAUUUGGAAAGAAAAAUUGAAGAGAAUGAGAGACUUCAUGAGGAAUUGACAGAUAGUAAAUUCGAAUUUACUGACAACAUCAACAUCCUGUUGAAGCAAAUCCAAGAUUUGGAGAAACGUGUACAAGAACUUCAGGAUGAAAACGCUAAUAUUAUGUCAGAGUCGAAACCCACCAUUGCCAAGACAGAUGAUACAGAACAUCUAAAUAUGUUGAGGGAAAUGGAUGCUUUAAAAGCACAACUUAAAGAGAAAACCGAUUUAUUACAAGGGUGGGUGAUUUGAAAGAAUCCACAAAGUUAUAUGACAUUGUACCUGAAGCAUCCGAGGCCUUGAAAAUUCUGGAAGAACAAGCAAAACAAUACUUUUCCGGUGACAAGUCAAAUUUAAACGCACUAUCGGCAGAAAUUGCAGAUAAAUUAAUGAUUUCCACACAAACAUUUUCCCAAGAACUAUCCCAAGUUGUACAAAAACUGGAAGAAACCAGAAAGGAAUUGGACGCCUUGUUAUUAGAAAAGGCAGACCAUCCAGAUGUCGACUUGACCUUGUUGCAAAAACAGC